GAGAUACUUGACUGUAGCCCUACGACUUCAAGUAAUUUGGCAGCUGCAGCCAGGUUGCUUCAGGGCACUGAAGCCCGAGUUUGAGAUCGUAUGGGUUGGUCUGGGCCAGAAUUUGAGCCCCCCAGCAGGCCUUUUGAUCCGGAAGAUCCGUAUGCAGAUCCCGCCGCUCUCAUACAGCAGCGGCAGCACAAAGCACGGGAGAAGAUUGUUCGAGUGGAGAAGGCAAAACUCCUGCGCGACAAGGUGCAGAAAUGCUACAUGAGGGAGGGAGUGAACAGCAUGCAGAACUGCAAGGACAUUGUGUUGGACUACCUUGAAAGCAUUAAGGGGGUGGGCCUGGGCCGCAUGAACAGUGGAAGAUAUGAUACCCCGCCCCCAAAGGCGCCUCUGGAAUGAAUGGCUCCCCUGAUGGAGGGUUCUGAUCUGAGAAUAGUGAGUUGCAGCUGCUGAACAGCGGACAUACAGCCUCAACAGUGGUGAUACAGCAGGGCUGGUUCUUGUUCCCAGCCAAUGAUUGAAGGCUUACGAUCAAGUGGCAGACAGUGGCUUUGCACGCGCACACGUGCUGCAGAUGGCAUUGUCUACAGGCUGUGCCUUUUCUGCCGAUGCAAGUUCUGUUGGGUUGGGUCUUGGGAGAGGUGGGAGUGAAACCGGCAACCUUUUCCCCGCGAUGAGGGGAUUGCGUUGAGCAUGGGAAACAGCAAUUGUAGUUCUAGAAAUGUACAGCGAUCUGCACUGGUGGGAAUUGUUUCAGAUAAAAGUUUCACAUUAAGCAGGAUUGAAAAGUUUCCUGCUCUACGAUAACACAUAGUAUGCAGCCUGCCCUGAUGAUCUCAUCCUCCAAGACAAUUUCAGUCUCAGGAACGCAGUUCUGCAGCUAUAGUUGAAGCUCCGCUGGUGGUGGCGCUGGUCCAAAUUGUGUUAAGCAUGUGGAUGUCAGCUGUC